AUGUUGUGCAAGCUCCAGCGCCAGUGCACUUGCAGCCGACUGGUGGAGCGUCUCGCCACUGCGGCACACCAGGCUACAUCUGGUCCAGCGACCACGUUGACUAGAAUCGUGAAAAAAGCUCUCGAUGGUUACGUCCCGACUCGUGAUACUCUGUUCAGCGUGCCAAGCAACCGGACGGCGCACAAGGGGCCGACGAUCCACUCGGUCGCCGGACCCAAGGCAGCUAUUAAGCAGGCCGCCAGCUCUCCCAGCCGUCCACCGCUCCGCAUUCCAGCUCAGCUCCGCAAUUCCGAAGAGUUCACCAAGCUCAACAAAAGCGACAAGCAAGCUCGCCACACCUUUGCUCGAAAGCAUCAUCUCUGCUACCACUGCUUCGCCGAUGACCACCAGAGCAAGGCGUGCCCAAAAAACUAG